CAGAGGGGAAUAGGAAGACAGAGCCGGAACUCUUUAACUGUCGUUUUACGGUGCCAACUUCCGGCGACUAAGUUUCGGAAACCAUGUUGAUGGCUUUCUUAACCUGCAACUCCGUAGCCAAUAUUAGUUGCCUCCGCCCUUCUAAUCAAUUCACUAUUCCAUCUUCUCCUUUCAAGCCUUUCAAGCUCCCUUCCUUUUGGCCCUGGCAAAAAGUGAAGAUGGGUCCUUUGAGUGUGUCUCCAAUGGGGUUUGGGACAUGGGCAUGGGGCAACCAGCUUUUGUGGGGUUAUCAGGAAUCAAUGGACUCUGAGCUUCAACAGGUUUUCAAUUUUGCUGUGGAGAACGGUAUCAAUCUUUUUGAUACCGCUGAUUCUUAUGGGACUGGCAGGCUUAAUGGGCAGAGUGAAAAACUUCUUGGGAAGUUCAUCAGAGAAUUUCCAGGGAAAAAGCUGGAACAGAGUGAGAUUGUGAUUGCUACAAAGUUUGCGGCUUAUCCAUGGCGUCUAACACCAGGCCAAUUUGUUAAAGCUUGCAAAGCCUCACUCGAUCGACUGCAGAUUGAACAGAUUGGAAUUGGACAGCUACACUGGUCUACCGCAAACUAUGCUCCUCCACAAGAGUUGGCACUUUGGGGUGGUUUAGUGGCAAUGUAUGAGAAGGGUUUAGUUCAAGCAGUCGGAGUGAGCAAUUAUGGACCCAAACAACUGGUGAAGAUACAUGAUUACCUGAAAGCCCGAGGUGUCCCACUGUGCUCAGCUCAGGUACAAUUUUCCCUGCUAAGCAUGGGAGAAGAGCAGAUGGAGAUAAAGAAAAUUUGUGAUUCUCUAGGCAUCCGCUUGAUUUCUUAUAGUCCUCUUGGACUUGGAAUGCUUAGCGGGAAAUAUACACCUUCCAAUCUUCCACGUGGACCUAGGGCCCUGCUAUUCAAGCAAAUUCUUCCCGGACUGGAGCCACUGUUGAGUUCACUAAGAGAAAUUGCAGAAAGCCGGCGCAAAACUAUACCACAGGUAGCAAUAAAUUGGUGCAUCUGCAAAGGCACUAUUCCAAUACCAGGAAUUAAAACUGUGAAGCAAGUCGAGGAAAAUCUGGGCGCUCUAGGAUGGCGCCUAAGCUCAACUGAGCUGCUCCAGUUAGAGGAUGCAGCCCAUGAAUCCCCCCAGAGAAUGAUCCAAAACAUUUUCCAGACCAAAUAAAGUUUUAAACGUAUACCAUGCAAACAUUACUUUUCUCAAUGGGAGAAUGUAAGUUCAAACCGUUCAGGGGGAGUAUGACCUGAGGAAACACUGUCAUGGAGUAAUCUACUCUCAAACGGAAGAUACAGUAUUAGACUUAUCACAGGACCAAGGCAAGACAUAGAUUCAAUCGUUUCAAGGGGUCUCCAAGCGGGUUGAAAACAAUGUUAAAAGGUCUUCCAUCCCAGGGCUCAUUCAUCUGUAUCAACAGAACCUUACGAUGUCUCAUAUUUAUUUAAAAUGUGUUUCACUUUUACUUAAAUGCACAAGAGUGAAAAAACAUUAAUAAUAAUAUCAUUUAGCG